AUGACUCCCUCAGGCGAACAUUUUGCCGAUGGCUCUCCCAACCCCUUGGCCCUUUUAUCCGAGAGAGUUUGCGUAAAGAAGGACUGGCUGGAAGAUGUAGUCCGGAAGGACAGGUACCGAGUGAAUAAUAAGCAUGACAAGACCCACCCACCGCUACCCCUCUCCAAGAUCCUGUGGCAGACGGAAGAAUUGGUCGGAAAGGAGAUGCCGUACAGCCUGAGCAGCCAAAACUGUGAAAAUUUUGUUAUGGAGCUGCGUUAUGGACCGGAAAUGAGUGAACAGAGCAGCUCUUUCAUAGCUCAUGCUGUAGACCAAUUUUCAGAGUUUCCAACAGUUUUGAGGUUCAUCUAUCGGGAGGGCCAUCUAGUUGAAGAAAAUCUGGGCUGGGUGGAAUUAUCAGCCUCACCUGCCAGCACUCAUAUACUUUUUUUUAAAGCUUCUUCUGCUGUCCAUGGACCAGGUGACCGCCUUGCGAAUGGGGCCGCCAGCGUACUGGCGGUCUUGUCUGACCGAGCGUACGUUAAGAAAGACUGGCUGGAAACGGUGGUACGGAACGACCAAUACCGAGUGAACAACAAACACGACCACACAUAUCCCCCCCUGCCCCUAACGAAGACCCUCGAGCGGGCAGAAGAGCUGGUGGGCAGAGAGAUGCCCUACAACUUGACCAGCCACAACUGCGAACACUUUGUCAUGGAGUUGCGAUAUGGCAUUGCAAUGAGUGACCAGACCUUGUUCAUGGUUUUGUUUACCUCCCAUUUGGAUUACUGCAAUGUGUUCCACAUGGGGCUGCUCUUGAAGAUGAAGAAGUGGCUCAAUCAAUCAAUCAAUCAAUCAAUUAAUCCCAUCAAUCAUAACACCACGCUGCACUCAAAGCAGGUUCCCUACGCUGUUUUACUCCAUCAAAAGAUAUUUCAGAGCAAAUUCUGGUAG